AUGAAGCUGGCACUGACGAUAUUACUGUGUGUGGGCGCGGCCCUAAGAGUGGGGGCGCAGGAUGGCUCCUAUAUGUUGGAUUCACGAGGCGUGAAGGUGGAGCAGGGACUCCAACCUUCCCCAGAACUCUCCCAGAACCACCAGGCCUUCUCCAAAGCCUUCAAAGAACGCUCUGAAGAGAUGGCACUGCAAUACAGUCUUGGCCAGGUCGAAUACAAUAAUCCAAACCCGGAGUACGCUUGGGCUUACGAGGUCGACGCCAAAUCAACCGGGGACAUGAAGUCUGCUCGAGAGGAACGACGAGGUGACGUGGUCGUGGGUCAGUACUCGGUCAUGGACCCCGACGGCUCUCUGCGUGUGGUCGACUACUCGGUGGCUCCCGGCACAGGCUUCCAGGCCACCGUCCGCAAGGAGUACACAGGCGAGGCUUUCCAAGGGCAAGAGCAGAGACUGCAGGCCCAGGCCAGGCAGUACAGUGCUAUCCAACAGGGAAACAACUACCAACAGAAUCGCAACCAGUACCAACAAAACCUUGGGCAGUAUUCACAGAACCGCAACCAGUACCGGAAAAACCGUGGCCAGUACUCACAGAACUACAAUGGAAACCAAAAUAACCGCAACCAGUACCAAUCCUCACAAAAUCGCAACCAGAACUUGAAAAACAGAGGACAAUAUUUUCAAAACCGUAAUCAGUACCAACAAAACCGCAAUCAGGACCAACGAAACCGCUACCAGUACUCCCAGUACAGCAACGAUUACCAGCAGAACCGCUAUCAGAACCAGCAGAACAACAAAUACCAGCUAAACCCUAUUCAGUAUACUCGCAACCUCAACGAGUACCAGCAGGACCGCAAUCAGUACCAAUUUUCACAGAACCGUAACCGGCAUCAGCAUGACCGCAAUCAGUACAGCAGAAAUUUUGAUGGAUACCAAUCCCACCAGAAUCGCAAUCAGUACCAGCAAAAUAGCGACCAGUUCUACCAGAACCGUAAUCAAUACCAACAGUACCGCAACCAGUACCAGCAGAACCGCAACCAGUACCAACAGAACCGCAACCAGUACCAGCAGAACCGCAACCAGUACCAGCAGAACAGCAACCAGUACCAGCAGAACCGCGACCAGUCCUACCAGACCACUAGCAACAACGUCAGGUACAACUUCCAGCGUUAUGGAACAAGCCGCUUCACUCAGAACCUGAACCGUCCUUCGCCCAGCCUCUACAGCCAGAACCAAAACUACCUUCUGGCCCGCUAUGGGUCCGGUUCUCAGAACCAGUACAGUAACCAGUACAACAACCGCGUCUACCAGUAUAAUAACCAACAGAACCAAGGCUACUCUCCCAUCAGCGUGGUUCUCGCAUCCUCAAGGAAUUAAAACCUAGAACUGCUGUGGACCUGGAUCUCUCCUGAUCAGAGAUUCAAAA